AUGCCCCCAUGGGGAAGACCACCAGGGGCGAAGGGGAGCAGGAGGAGGCGUCAGUGGGAGGCUGAGCAAGUGUUUUGGGACGAGUCUCGCGUGGAGGAGCUCGAUAGCGAUGACACUGAUACACAAGGCGUUGGGUUGAAAAAUUCUGGGGGGAAAAGGUUUUACAGCGAUCCACUUCAUUUUACAGGAGGCGAUAUGGCCUCGGCAUCUCGGGCUAGACGGAGUUAUGCUUUUGGGGAUUCAGAGGAUUCUUCUGAGUCGGAGGAUUCGGAGGUCGCGGGGACGGACGCUGUGCAGAUUGCUUUGAGAGACAAGGAGGAGGCGUUAGUGCAGUCUGCGCUGGCUCGGAUCCGGCGUGCACAGGAAAAGGGGAAGCGAGAAGUCAAACUUAACCAGGAUGAGCUGGACGCUUUGGAGAACCGACGGAAGCGUAUGCAAGCAGCAGCAACUGCCAAAGCACAGAAAGGGAGCGGCUCAAGUGGCGGUAGCGAUAAGGAGAAACGAAGACGGGGCGACAGGAUUUCAGUCCCACUUGCACUCGCUGCUGCGGAACCAGUAGGUCGGCCAAGCAGCCUUCACAGCAAUAAAAAGGGCAAGGGGAAAUCCACACGCUCAGAAGACUCUCCCGCCAACCCACCUGGUUUGCUCUUACCAGGCGCAGACGAGCACCUCGCCUACACUGCUCUCGGCACAUAUCCUUCUCAAGUCCAACCUCAAUCUACUUCCCGUAGCUCGCGCUCAGCAACGACCCAACAGCUGCGCGAUAGCAACAACACCGUGCCUUACUUGAACCUCACCCAAGGCCGCCACUUCUCAGAUGGCAUGCAGCCUGCUUCAUCUUACAGCAACAGCUCUCGCCGUCCAUUACCUGACGACGCAGACUGGCACCCUUCCAACUCCCGCCCUUCAUCCGUCGCUUCUAGCCACUCUCAAUCUCAGGGCUUUAUUGUAGACCCGUUCGAAUACCAAGUCUCUUCCGGCACACCACCGCCUGUACCGCACCAAUACCUCCAGUCGCAGUCUCAAGGGCGGAUGAACCUCUCGGGUCCAGCAGACGUUACGUACUCCUCCGUUCGCCGCACGCUGCCUGUAACUUCGAGCUAUAGCCGCGCCCCAGCUUCCGACCCGAAUCUGCGGAGCAGACGCUUGUAUGAGCCGGACAUCAUGGAUAGCUCCAGCGAGGAGGAAGUCGAGAGCGAUGACUUGGGGAAUGGGGUGCAGGUAUUCGUCGAAGAAGAACGAGAGGUUGAACGCGAUAGGGAGCGGGAAAGGGGAAAGGAAAAGCACGUUUCGAGGAAGCCGGUUGGCGGGAAGAAAAAGGGGAAGCGGUGA